UCCUAACAGAAAAUUUGCAAAUCCUUUUCACCCGACGGCAAGAACCAAGGAUAUGUGCCACAACAAAUUAUUUUCAAAUAAAAGAUCGAUCAACCCAAUUUUAAAUGUCGCAAUUUUUAAAAAAUUUAAUGUUGUAAUUGAAACGAUUUAAACCCAUUUAUUAAUGUCUGUUGCCUAAGUCAGCACAAAAAUUUGCUAAGAAUGGAAGAAGGCAAGACUCAAGCUGCCGUGCUCAUGGUGCCUCUGCCAUGCCAAAGCCACCUCAAUCAGCUGCUCCAGCUCUCCGGCGUAAUCGCCUCGUGCGGCAUCCCGGUGCACUACACCGGCACCGCCACCCACAACCGCCAGGCGCGGCUGCGGUCCCACGGCCUAAAACCUAACAACGCAACAAUCAAGUUCCACGACCUCCCGACUCCCCCCAUCGACGCCCCAGCCCCCAACCCGCACGCGGAGGACAAGACGCCGAUGCACCUCGCAUCGGCCACGACAGCCUACGCGGGCCUGCGCGAGCAGAUCGGUCUGCUCGCACAGGAGCUGUCGCGGAAGACGGUCAGGCUGGUCGUUGUCUACGACAGGAUGGGGACAGAGGCGGUGCGCGACGCCGUCUCGGUCCCCAACGCGGAGUCCUACUCCUUCAACUGCUUGUCGGCGUUCAAUCUCUUCCUCAUCCUGUGGGAGGCGAUGGGGAAACCAUUCGAACUGCGAGACGCGGCCUUGUUCCAGAAGCUUCCUUCCGUGAGGGACUUCAUGUCGGAGGGGGCGCUGUAUUUCUCCGCAUCUGAGAACAUUCCAGAGAGAGAGGGAGACAUUCACAACACGAUCCGAUUGAUCGACGAGGCUUACAUCCGAUUGAUGAGCAGAGAAGAAAUCAGCGGCGGGAAGAAGCAGUGGGCGAUCAGAUCGAGUACUGCUUUCAAUUUAGAGAGAGAAAGCAGCAGCCAUGGAUGCUUGAGAUGGCUUGAUCAACAAGCUACGGGUUCCGUGAUCUACGUUUCGUUUGGAACAACGACGUCGUUGAGAGAUGAGGAAUACGCAGAGAUAGCUAGGGGGUUGGAGAUGAGCGAGCAGCGGUUUAUAUGGGUGGUGAGAGAGGCGGAUCGGGCGGAUAUAUUCGCCGGUGGCAGCGAGGUGCGAAGGAUCGAGCUGCCGGAGGGGUUUGAGGAGAGGGUUAGAGAGAGAGGGAUUAUAGUGAGAGGAUGGGCGCCGCAGAUGGAGAUUUUGGGGCACCCGUCGACGGGGGGGUUUAUGAGCCACUGCGGCUGGAAUUCUUGCUUGGAGAGCUUGACGGCGGGCGUGCCGAUGGCGGCAUGGCCAAUGCAUUCCGAUCAGCCGAUCAACGCGACAUUUGUGACGGAGGUGCUUGGGAUUGGGCUGUGGGUGAGGGAGUGGGGGCGGCGGCUGGAGGUGGUGGGGGCGGCGGCAGUGGAGGACGCUGUUGUGAGGUUGAUGGCGUCGGAGGAGGGGAAGGUGAUGCGGAGGAGGGCGGCGGAGGUGGGUGCGACCUUGAGGAAGUCUAUGGAGGAAGGUGGUGAGAGUUGCAUGGAGAUAGAGAGGUUUAUUAGCCAUAUUACUAGAUGAUCACUAAUGUGAAACUAAUCUACUUUUAUGUAUUAGUAAUAAGUUGGAUCUACCACAUUUCCAUGUCGAAUAAUCUUUGAUUCAGAAUAGAUGUUUUAUUCGAUAAAGAAUCUUGCAAUGCUUUACUUUAAUUUUGUAGCUUUGUAAUAGAUCGAGCAAGAAAUAGAAAAUGUUUUUGAUUUUG